CUUUCAUCCACAGAACACGGAGUAUCGCAUCCCUCCCUUCCUCUCAUCGUGCGCUAUAUUACUUAAGCCUGGAGAUCAUGAAGGCUUUUAGAGAACGUGUUCUUGGGGGGAAAAGCCCCAAGGACGGCCAGGCUUCAAACGUCCCGCUCUUUCUUAGCCAGCGCCUGCCCAGAGACAAGCAGUAUGAACCUGUCCUAUCAGACUCGAGGACUACGGUCACCGAGGAUUCCCUCUACCGACCUCUUGACUUCGAUUCCUUUGAAAUACGGCUCUUGAAAUUCAAGAGGGUGGAGCCACGCCCGCUGGGUUUUAAGCCACGGCUCACCUGCUCGUUGGAAUAUGCAUCCUUGAUUAACCCGCCAGACUACAUCGCCCUCUCAUAUUGCUGGGGCAAUGCCACCAAGACGAAAAAGAUCACUAUUAACAACUACAAAAGUGCUCGGUCGACCCAGGCCACCCUGAAUCUAUAUGAGGCCCUCGACAACGUAUUACUUAUGAAUCAUAAUCGGCGAACAGGAACCCAUGAAUACGAAGAUCAUAGCGUAUUGGUGUGGGUUGAUGCGCUGUGCAUCAACCAGGAGGAUCCGGUGGAAAGGAGUCAGCAAGUGAGACAAAUGAGGCAGAUUUACUCAAGAGCAAGUGAGGUUAUUUCUUGGAUCCCGUGCGGCUCAGAGCAGGCCGUGGAUUACUUGGUGAGGAAUCGAUUUCAGGGCGAGGGAAUUGAGACGGAGGUUCAACUUCCGUCGAGGAAACGGACAAACAGCGUACCCGUAAAUGGGAGUAACACAGAGAACGACGAUAUGCUUCUCAAAGAUAAAACCCGCAAGGAAUGGGUGAAUCAGGGAUGGGACAUCAUGGAGGACUUCUUUAUCCAGGCCUACUGGAGGCGAGUCUGGGUUAUUCAAGAGGUGGCCGUGGCCACGAAGGUCAAGGUACUCUGCGGAAGUUAUGAGAUCCCUUGGGAAGAUGUGGCUGCCGUCCUAGCGAUGUGGAAGAAGAACCCGGAUAUCGUGCCAAUCGAUAAACGGGCCUAUCUCAAAGCUAUGCAUUUGGUGGAGUUCCGGGAUCGCUUCCAAGUCAAGAGAGAGCCGAUUAGUCUUCUCGAUGCGAUGCGUUGGAGCUACCAGACCGAGGCAACGGACCCAAGGGACAAGAUCUUUGCGUUACUGGGACUCUGCCAUGAUGGGGCUACGUAUGUUCCGGUGCCGAAUUACAAGCAGCCGCUUGAGGAGAUUAUCGCGGACAUGAGUAAAUCGAUGAUGAGUUUCGACCGCUCGUUGGAUCUUAUGUGCCUCAAAGGCACUGCUCUUGAGGAGCAAAGCAAUCUUCCCUCAUGGACGCCAAAUUGGGUUAAUCUCUGGAGCGGAUCCCUCCAUUCUAUGACGGUCCACGAGGCCAAAUUCGCAGAUUGGCGCACCACCUUCCCGUCCAAUCCCGUACUCAACGGCUCCACAACCCAGAUCCUCAAGGUCGAAGGCAAAUUUUACGGUACUGUUGCGCACCUUGCCUCAAAAAUGGCACAACCCGGCCCCAACGGCCAAAUCACGCUCACUCCUGAGGCUCGUGCCCCCUGGAUCUCGUGUACUUCGUCGUUAGUCAGGAACGACACUUCGCUGAGUGUCCUUCAGCCGGGCGACAUCGAGAUCCGAGAUUCCAUCUGGAUGACCCUGACAAUGGGCCUCCUUCCACCGGAGAUUAGCAGAAGUGCAGCAGCAGUUUGUUUCUCCCAGCUCUGGACACCGGAAGGCAGAGGCAGAGCACAUGCUUAUGCGCUUAUCGAAUGGAUUGACCGAAAUUCCCGGUUUGAAGUCUGGGCGCGAUCUUUGCGAGACUGGGGGAUGGUGAGGUCACCCGCGGAGAUUUCGCUACUGCCUGCAGCUGUAACAUCUAGUGAAAUUGACUGGAAGAGUCUUGGUACUUUCAUCGACACAAUCGAGAAGGUCUUAGGGAGUGGGAUGCGCUUGGUUUUUAUUCACGGUGUGAAAAGCUUCGCCGUUGUUAUGGUACCUUCAAGCGCGAGGAGAAAUGAUCAGAUGUGGUUUAUCCGGGGGUGUAGCGUGCCUGUGUUGCUGAGAGAAGUGGAAAAUGUGGCUGUAAAGGCGCAGUAUAAGGUCAUUGGCGGCGUGUAUGUGACUGAACGUUGGAGGGAAUUUAUUGAGUAUGAGAUUGAAUGGCCGGAGAGCGAGCAGGAUGAACAGUUGGGGCUUGAAGGGGAUUUGAAGAUCUUGAAUCUAUGCUAAAUUAUAUCCAGCGAGAUGUGGCACACCUACUUAUAGAUUGAAGUUUCAAUUCGAAUACAAGUACACUCGAGAGAUAGUGGGACAUCAUCCACACAGCAGCUACCCAAGAAAUUUCUAUUCACAUGCUGCC